AAGAAGAAGAAGAAGAAGAAGAAGAAGAAGGCUGCACAGAUCAUCUUUCAAAAUCAAAAUGCAUGGAUGGUAGAAUAACGGGACCAUCGCUUUUUCAGUAACUAAUUAUUUGGUCUAAAUUAUAAGUAUUUUUUUUGCUUUCUUCAUAGCGGGUAGCAUAAUGAGCAGGUGUGCUCUGAAUAAUAUCUAAUUUUAUUCAUGACAUAUACCUUGGGUAGCUAGCUUGGCCAGCUAACCUUUAGCAGAGUCCCAGCUGUCAUUCAUGCAGUUCAAGUUCAGCUAAUGUUAGCCAACGUUACGUAUUUAUAAAGCGUAACGUUUCCGUUAAGCUAGCAUCAUGUCACAAGAGGAGCUUUUUCUUGACUCAGCUCCGGCAGGACAUGUUAAGAGCGAUGUGAAGGAGAUAAAAAGCAGAAGUCGACUCGGUGUCAUCGUGACGGGGGUGCUGGGAGGGUCGCUGGUCGCUCUGUACGCAGUGGCUGCUCCGUUUGUCACUCCUGCCCUGAGAAAAAUCUGCCUCCCGUUUGUCCCAGCGACCACAGCUCAGGUGGAGAAUGUCUUCGGGGUGCUGCGAGGCAGAUCAGGGACCCUGGUGGACAUUGGGAGCGGAGAUGGAAGGAUAGUGAUAGGAGCAGCCAAGCAUGGGUUUCAGGCAACAGGCUUUGAGCUGAACCCCUGGCUGGUGUGGUAUUCUCGCUACAAGGCCUGGAGAGAGGGAGUCCACCACUCCUCCUCAUUCCACAUCUCUGACUUAUGGAAGGUCAGUUUUGCUCAGUACUCCAAUGUUGUCAUUUUUGGAGUUCCUCAAAUGAUGGACCACCUGGAGCUGAAGCUGGCAAGCGAGUUACCAAGAACAGCCAAGGUGGUGGCCUGCCGCUUUCCCUUCCCCACUUGGGUCCCUGAACAUACCGCUGGGGAGGGUAUAGACACUGUAUGGGUGUACGAUGCCAAGACAUUUAAAUCACACCUGCAACACGGAAUGACAAGGAAGACAGCACCAGAACACGAGGACACACCAGAUUCACACACAUAAAUGCAAACACGCAGAUCUUGUUGUUAAAUUGUCAUCACGUGUUGCAAUCCUGCGAUGAUGUUUUUGUUUUAAUCCAUGCAGUUUGUACUCUGGUUUUUUUAGUGCACUACAAAUGUAGAGUCUUUAUACAUCAAUGUCUGAGUUUGAGAUUGAGCAUGAAAAAAGCCUUGAUGAGUGGUUACAUUCAUGUUAAAGUCAGUUGGUUCCAGUAAUCAUAGGAUUAUCAGCAGAAUAGUGAGCCUCCUGCUGCAAACUCAUGCCUAAAGUGGGCUGAAUGAUCAAACAGGCAUUUCAUAUUUGAUACAUGUGUGAUACUCAAAACCAGAUCAGGGAUCAAAGAGAAUAUAAAUGGUGAUGACUUGAGAAAGUUCAAUUCCUAAUAGGAAAAAAAUGGUACUUGCCAUGAAUGAUUGUAUAACUUGAUUAUGUAUAGAAAGUUGCAUUGUUUAUACAUGUAUGAAAUUGUACCAUCCUUUCCAGACAAAUGUGUUGCCAAGUAGCUGGCAAAUGUAGCAAGCCUGUCUGACAGAAGAGUGUCCACCACAUUAUUUUGUAUGGUAUUUACAGAAAACUGCUGCGCUGUAUCCUAUUUUUAGGCUUGUGUAUUUAAUAAAAUUAACAUGCAACUGUAAA